CGUUACAAUUAUAGUGUUGAACCAUAACAAGAAAUCGAGCUUUACUUGCUAAAUAUAGGGAACACUUGGGACUUUUUAUUGUGUUAAGUAUGGCUUGGGUGAAGGCUUUGGGCUUUCUUGCUUUGCUUGUUUUGUCAACUCUUGUUGUGGACUCAGAGGGUCGGGUCGCACGAAAAGAUUUGGGCCUAGACUUGGGUGGUGGUAUAGGAGUGGGCGUCGGUGCUGGGGUGGGCUUGGGUAUAGGAGGUGGAAGUGGUUCAGGGGCCGGUGCUGGAGCAGGUUCAGGCUCAGGCUCAGGUUCAAGAUCAAGUUCUAGUUCAAGCUCAAGUUCAAGCUCUAGUUCAUCGGGCAAUGGUGGUGCCGGUUCAGAGGCGGGCUCAUAUGCUGGAUCAAGAGCUGGUUCUCGUUCUGGAGGUCGAGGUGGAUCAAGCGGUGCCGGUUCAGAAGCAGGCUCAUAUGCUGGAUCAAGAGCUGGUUCUGGUUCCGGUCAUUAAUGUGGAUUUAAUGGUCCUCGAUACGUAAGGAUCGUGUAGCUAUGUUGGAUGAGAUGGUAACAUUAUUAUUAUUAUUAUUAGGAAAAAAUAAAUAAGAGCUUACUAGUUUGAAAUGAAAAAAAUAAAUACAAUGCAUGAAGUUUGAACUUUGAAGUCCUAUAUAUAGUACGUAAUUUGUCCCUUGUUCUACUUUGUAUCGUUGUCACUUGUGUAUUAUAUAAGUUUAAAUCGAUGAAUAUAAGUGUGGUUUAUAUUUCCA